AUGUCUAUAGGUGUGAUAUCACUAUCAGGGAAACAUUCAUUAUUUAAAUUUCUUGGUGUAUUGACUUCAAUCAUUGCUUCUCUUAUAUGGUUAGCAACUAUCGCUGCUUUAUUUGGUUUAUGGGCCAAAGAUAAUUUUAUUCGAUAUGAAUAUGAUGAUGGUGAAGUUGUAUAUAUAUCAAAUGUUGGUGCUCGACACAAGACAGUAUUUAUUAUUGGUACAAUUCUUACUGGAAUAUUUUUUGUUUUGACACUAAUCUUUACUAAACUUUGUUUUGAUAUGGAAAAUAGACGACGAUUUAAACGAAAUAUUUCCACAUUGUCUAUUAUAUGUGGUAUCAUUGCUAGCAUAUCUCUUAUGCUUCUAGCUAUUCUUGAUUCGAUUAAUUAUAAAGGAGCUCAUUAUACAUUUACAGGAUUAUUUAUUGUAUUUACUCUUCUAUCGACAAUUCUUUCUAUUAUUUAUCGAUUCUCACAUAAUGAUAUUAAUCUGGCAAUUAAUUUACGAGUUUUAUUUGUUUCUUUGGUUAUACCUUUGGUUAUUACUUUUGUAGUUAUGAGUUUAAUCAAAAGACCACCUAAUCAAACACAAUUAAAAUCAGUAGCAGCUUCACUGGAAUGCAGCUCUCCUCGUUCAUUAACACUUAUAACAUCAUCAUCAUCAAUUACUUUUUCUAAUUCUAAGUCUAUCCCUAAACCUUUUCAAUCAUCAAUUUUUGUUAAUAGUUUUUCUUCGACUACUGGUGCUGGUUCAUCAUCACAUACAAUUACUAUUAUAAAUGAAAAAGUAAAUAGAAAAUACUGGUGA